AUGGCACAAAGUCAGGACGAAUCAAGCCAUGCCGAUGCCGGGUCACAGGAACGAGAGCAGGACAACCAGCAGAUCGAAACUCCUCAGCAGUUCAAUUCCGAGCUGGCAAAGGCUUUUCAGGAGCUAGCAAGGGGUGAACAGACUGCGACAGCUCUCGAAUCUCGGUUGGAUGAUAUUGAAAGCCGAAUUGAGCAGCUCCUCGCGAGCGUGGAACAAAAUGCUCGUGAAGACGAAGCCGCCUCCGCCGCCCAACAACAGAGCUCCGUCCAGUCCUCUGCAUCUAAGAAGGACCGGAGCAGCUCGUGA